AAUGUACAAAUUUUACGACAACAACAUCCACAUCAACGUCGGCAACAGCACGACGUGGUAAUAUUAUUACGACACGUACACCAGUAUCGACAACUACUUCAUCAGCUUCAGCAUCGACUGCAACGAAUUCUCGAUCAGCAAGUGAUCAAGAUCAAUUGGUUGUGUUGUUACCACAACCAGCAAAGAAUGGUGGGAAAACAUCGUCUGGAUUUGGAAAAUAUCGACAUAGAUUAUCGACUGUGUUAGAGGGUGGGGGUCCAGAGACGGAGGACCUGGAUCUCUGGCACCAUCAGGGAUAUAUGCUCCGUGACGAGCUUGAUGAUGAAAGAGUUACAAGAUGGAACAGACAAGGUUGGUGCAAGCCUUCCUGUAUUCCAAUCACAGUCAUCCUGAUUUUAAUAUUUUUAGUGGUGCUGUUACCACUCUUAGAUCAUGCUAUGGAAGAAGAUAACAAACUUUUAAAUAAACAUAUGCGCAAAUUAUAUGAAAAUUGUCCACAAUCUUGCAGAAUGUCGUUAAUAGAAAGUAUACCGCAAGGCCUAACAUAUCCGAAUGGUAGUAUAUCAUUGCCUUCGACAUACGAUACAUGGUCAAAUUUAAUUGACAUGGCUGAAGAAACAAUUGAAAUCGGAUCAUUUUAUUGGACAUUACGACGUUCAGAAAUGUGGCCGGAUGAUUCAUCUGAACAAGGUGAAAAUAUUUUUCAAGGAUUAUUAGAUGCUGGUACAAAUCGUGGUAUUAAAAUAAAAAUUGCACAAAAUUGGCCAACUUCGUCACAACCGAACACCGAUACAGAAUAUUUGACUAGAAGAGGUGCAGCUGAAGUACGAAGUUUAAAUUUCGCACAAAUCAAUGCAAAUGGUGGAGGUGUAUUGCAUACAAAAUUAUGGGUUGUGGAUCGUAAACAUUUUUAUGUUGGCAGUGCGAAUUUAGAUUGGAGGGCAUUAACACAGGUGAAAGAAAUGGGUGCUGUCUUUUAUAACUGUAGCUGUUUAGCGGAAGAUAUAGCUAAAAUAUUCGAUGUAUAUUGGAUGUUGGGUGAAAAUCCACAUAUUCCUGAUAAAUGGCCAGAUCAAUUUUCAACAAAAUACAAUUACGAUCAUCCAAUGAACAUAUCAUUCAAUAAUAUGUCUAAUUACAAUUUUUUAACUUCAAUUGGCAGUUCACCACCAACAUUUUGUCCAGAAGGACGUGAUUCAGACAUUGAUACACUGUUACGCGUAAUUCAAUUGGCUGAAAAAUUUAUAUAUAUUUCAGUAAUGGAUUAUUCUCCGUUAACUGUUUUUACACCACGAAAACAGUACUGGCCUGUUAUUGAUAAUGCUUUACGUACAGCCGCCAUUGAUCAUCGGAUAAAAGUUAAAAUGUUGAUCAGUGUAUGGAAUCAUUCUCAUCCAUCAGAAACGAAUUUCUUGAAAUCAUUACAAGAUAUUACAGGAUCAUAUCCAGGUGUUAAUUUGGAAGUGAAAAGAUUUAAAGUGCCUGGAACGCCUGAACAGAAUAAAAUACCAUUUGCACGAGUCAAUCAUAAUAAAUAUAUGGUAACAGAUAAUACCGCUUAUAUUGGUACAUCAAAUUGGUCCGGAGAUUAUUUUACUGAUACAGCCGGCAUCGGUUUAAUGAUGCAUGAUCCAGUGCUGAAUCGAAAUACGAGUGAAUUAACAGUUCGUGGUCAAUUGCAAGCAGUGUUUGAACGGGAUUGGAAUUCAGAAUAUGCGUAUCCAAUUGAAUGAUUUAGCUAAAAACCGAAUACAUAAAUAUUAUUUUUCUCAUGAAUUGUACACUCUGUGUCAUAAAAAAUGUACAUGUUUUACCAUUCUAAGUGAUAUAGCUAUAACAUUAUAUGUGAAUUACAUGUACUGUAAUAGUGAUUUUACUGAGAAUGGUUCAACUUUUCUGCGUUUAAUUUGACACAGAGAGUACUUUUGUUCUUCCACUUCCAAAACUUAUUCCAAUAAAUAAUUUAAAUAAUAAUUUUCGGCUUGAAAUAAAAGAAAAGUCGUGUCUAUUCAAACGUUAGUGUUAGUAAUCUUUUAAGUUUCUGUGGAUUUUUGAACAUAUUCGGCUUAUUUACAUGGUGGGAAAAGUAGCCAAAGAGUUGACAUUCCCUUAAAAUUAACUCAUUUAAACUACCUGGAGCCGCUGCAGAUGCUCCAAUGAUCAGGCAUCAUACUAACGUGUGACUAGACAUAGCGUUAUAUAAAUUUUAGAAGAGAAAUAUCAUUAUUCAUAGUGAUUGGGGUAACAAUGGACUGAUUAUAGGCGUUCAAAUUUAUGAAUUAUCGUGAUUUUAGUUGAAUUAUUUUUAUUAACUUAUUUUUUAAAUAUUUAAAUGUUUAGAUUAAGUGGUAUUUUAAAUUUCAAAAAUUUAUCUGUCUUUCAAGAAAAGAUUUUAUAUGCAUCUAGAACCAAGUGUCAGGUUGACAGAAUUUGACAGAGAUUUUAGAACAUCUGGAGAUGUGAGAGGCUGUUGUCAAGAUUAUGUCUAAUGUCUAAGAGAUGGUAUAAGGUCGAUCUUAAUCCAGCUGAUAACUAGAUUAGACAUAUUUUUAAUGAAAUUUUAUUAAUUUAUAAACACGCCUAUGACAGUUUGUCUUUCGAAGUUUUCAUGGCUAUUUUUGCAGGCAAGCCUAUACCUUUAUUUGCGUAAUUAAAUUGUCUUUCUGAUGUUAAUAUCGAUUGGUUAACAGAUCAAUGAAGUUAUCUAUAUUGACGUUCCCCGAUGCCUUAAAAAUUGAACUUUUCAAGGUGUCGAACGACGGGCACCCUUCUCUAUCCGAAAAUUUAAUUUUUUCAUUUUUAAUUUUAUUAUAUUCUUAUUUGGUUAUCGUCUUCAAUGAAUAUUCAUCAGUUUUAAGCUUGCCAAGCAAUUAAAAAUUUCUCUGAAAAAGAGACCCCCUUUACAUCAGCCUGUCUAAUUCCUAUCGUUCUGAAAUUAGUGUCAAAAACUAUACCUGGCUCAAGACCUAAUGGAUAAUUAAAAAAAUCUCCGAUUUGCAAAAUUUUAAAAGUUUACUCUAAGUCUAAUAUCUAAAGUCUACUCUAAGUCUAAGUCUAAACAAAUUUAAAAACGGGUAAUUUCACACACUACUUUCCAAAAUAUUAGACUAGGCGCUCGACAGUAUAUGCUAUCAUUGAUAAACCUCUAGAAAGACUCCCGAAAAAUUAUAAAUUUAGUGACAGAUUUAAAAUUUAUGAACAUUAAUCGUAAUUUAUGAUUAUUCUAAUUAGAAUAAACACAAAGGUAUAAUUUCAAUGACAACAUAUUAUACUGACGAACACCCAGACUAUAAACAGUGCUGAUUCAUUAAUUGAGUAUGCACUAAAAAUUUUGAAAAAUGAUGUAUGCCUUACUUUAGAUACAGAAUAGAAGAAUAGAAUUUUGUUGUUUUUUAUUUCCAAUGAAAUUGUUGUAAAUAAUUUUAUGUUUGAAAUAUUUUU